AGGAGCAGCUGCUGUAGAGCACAUGGCUUUUUGUGAGGGAUUACCCCAGCUUAGGGAUAAGAACCCUUUGCUGAUUGGCCCAACUGAAAGCAUGCCACUUUGCCAGCUCAACAGGUUGCUUGCUUGGAAUUACACCUGUCCGAUGAUGGGUGCAAGUACCAGAAUUUCCGGCUGGUCGUGGCCAUGACUGUGCCUCGGAGUCAUGAGUGUGGCCUCAUGUAGGAUGUAAAUGGUGAGGAACCUGCGGUGUCAACUAACUAAAUGUAAGGGCAUUGGCUGCAGGCAGUUGUGAUGGUGCUUUACAGAGGACCGCGGCUAUUGGACUUGGCAAAGACUCCUGAACACCUCCAGUUCAACAAAUAUGUCCUGACAGGCUACCGGCCAGUGUCCACUGCUCAGGAGUGCCUCAGGAGCCUCUUCUAUAUGCACAAUGAGCUGGGGAACAUUUACACCCAUGGCAUCCCUUUUUUCCUUUUCUUGGUGCUGCUGCCUUUUAGUAUCCCCUGGAUGGAGGUGGACAGCAUGUGGAUCUGUGUGGUCCACUACCUGGCCUGCCUCUGCCCCACCGUGGGCUCAGUGGUCUACCAUGUGUUCAUGAACCACGUGGGGGGAGAACAUGUGUACGACAACCUGCUCUCCCUGGACAUGUUCGGGGUCUGCCUAGUUAACACCCUAGGGGCACUUCCCAUCAUCCACAUCACGCUUCUUUGCUACCCAGUUGUGCGAACGGUUGCCUUGCUGGCCUACAUCCUCCUGUCAGCCUACGGUAUCUACUCUGCCACCACAGCCCGCACUAAUGUCCUGCGCCUGCGGGCUUUUGCCUGGCAGGCCCUGUUCCGCUUCGGCCUCUUUCUGUUCCGGGUAUACGGCAGCGGGGUGGGCAGCCCCAACUCCCUGCGCCUCUUCGUCAUCAUGGACUCACUGGCCGUCCUGGGAGGGGUGGUCAACAUCAUACAGAUUCCUGAGCGCUUCUCCCCGGGCCUGUUUGACAACUGGGGCAACAGCCACCAGAUAAUGCAUGUCAUGGUUAUAUGUGCAAUUAUCUACCUGCAUUGGGGCACAUUGGAGGAUUUAGCCUGGAUUAAGAGCUACCAGUGUCCUACUGAGUGAUCGGAAGUGUAUCUGGUACAUACAUGGGUGAGCGCCGAUUGCUGAUAGAGAUGAGAUUUAGGAUUUGAUGGGGUGGGAGGGGUAUAAAAGUAUAAAGAGAGGAAAUGUUUGAAAAUGCACUUUAGAUCUAGCUGCUAAAAUGCUUUGCAGAGGGAAGUUUGCAAUGUGACAUUUUGCCAGAGCAGAAUAAAGAGGAACUUAACAGUGUUGUAACUGUGGAAUUCAGAUAUCCCUAUAUUAAAAUUAAAAAUCCUGAGCAUACUUGAUUUUUAGUUUGUUG